AUGCUAUCUGUUCCUUAUCCAGACCCGGCUACUCGGCAAUUGGGUUACUGGGGUCCAGUCUCUUCUACCAUUGAUUGGUGUGAACAAAACUACGUGGUCUCAAAAUAUAUCGCAGAAUGGUCAAACACUCUAUCUAAUCUAGCAUAUCUCUUUGUUUCGUUGCAUUUGAUCAGAUCUGCAUUCAAACUACACUUGGAAUCAAGAUUCAUCAUAAUGUCCCUAGGCUUCGCCCUAGUGGGUAUAGGGUCUUGGUGGUUCCAUAUGACUUUGUUAUACCACUAUCAACUAUUGGAUGAAUUGCCUAUGAUUUAUGCCACUGCAAUCCCUACUUGGUCCAUGGUUUCGGAAUUAUUGAUUGCCAAGAAUAAACGAAGCUCCAUUUCUCCACGUUUUAUUGAAAUUUCAUUAGCAUUAUUUCUUACUUUUCUUAUCGUGGCAUUAACGUAUAUCUAUUUGGUCUUCAAAACUCCCAUAAUUCAUCAAUUUGUUUAUGCGUUGUUAAAUGCAUCCGUAGUAUUCACUUCCAAUUAUUUAACGUAUUAUCAUGUCCCACGCUAUCUACGCUACCCACUAUACAGAUGUAUGAUCCUGGGUACCAUCCUUUUCGCAAUAGGUUUUAUUUGCUGGAACUUGGAUAUUCACUUGUGUCCUCUUUGGAUCUACUAUCGUACUGUAUACCUCAAUCUCCCUUGGGGGACAUUCUUGGAAUUUCAUGCCUGGUGGCAUAUCUUUACCGCCGUUGGUGUAUAUUACUACGUGAUUUUCUUACAAUAUCUCAGAUCAUUGACUCAUUCGAAAAAUGCUACUUUGAUUUGGAGGUAUUCCUUCAUACCUGAUUUAGUUCCAUGGAAGGCCGAAUUAAAAGAGAAGGAUAUUUAA